GUUGUCACCACUGGAGCCCUCCUGGGGGCGUGUGGCAAGGCCCACCUCUGGCAGCUGUCACUGGAGCGGUUGGGGGACAUCGGUUCGAGGCAGUUGAUCCCCGACAUCAUCACCUACAACGCAGCUGCUACAGCAUGCCACGGAGCCAGCGCCUGGCAGCAGAUUGCGCUUUUGUUGGAAUCCAUGGUGAGCAGGGACUGUCCGGCAAACACCUUGACUCUCGAUGUCGCCGCAGCUGCUACAGACACCGGGAGGGCUUUCGGUCCCUUGCGCCAGCUGCUGCACAGCGCCGCCGACGGAGCCCUGGGCGGCCUGUGGUCUGUCCGACUUCGGCACGAAUCGAGGUAG